GCCGGGCAUUUCAAUCUAUACUUCUUCGCUUUGCGCAGUGAUGUGGUGCAGCCGAGUUCACUGUGCCCUCGCCCUGUUCUCCAUCGCCCUGGCAGUGCUGAGUGCGGGUGCCACUCCUACAGCCGAUGGGUAUCGCGAAUUCCUCGAGACAUCUAUGGAUCAGGACUUUCUGAAGGACACAAUUAUCCAACUUCUACAUGUGGUCGCGGAUGCAGACAAGGAUGCUGUGGAAGUGAAUGCUUCUCAAGUUGAGACUCCACCAGAUAACAAGAUUCCAAUGAAAUUCCAGCAGCGUCAAUUGGGAACAAGAAUGCGGAAAAACUGCAAGAAUUUCUUCUGGAAAACAUACACUUUAUGUUAACACAUUGUACUCCGCUCUACUGCACUGAGCCCUUUUCCACAUUAUCUCACUGUACCUCACUGCAUCCUGUUUGUCCACAGUGCCCUUCUCUGUGCUCAACGUAGUGGACUUUGCCUCACUGUACCAUAAUGACUCCUUCCCAUUGUGCCUCAUCGUAGCCUAUUAUCCUCUACUGUACCUCAUUAUACCACAUUGAAUUUCAUUGUACUUCACUGUGUCCUACUGUACCCUAAUGCACUGCUCUGUACCUCACAAUGUCACAUUAACUCUUUCCCACUGUACCUACUAUACAGUAUUAUACCACAUUAUGCCACAUUGUAGUGCACUUGUACCCCACUGUUCCACACUACAGGCAACUGUAUCCCACUAUAAAGUAUGGAGUCCUUCACACUACAUCCCAAUCUACCACAGUGUGUACUAAUGAGCUCUUCCUAUUUUAUCUAUUGUAAUCUGACAAUAGUUGCAUUUAAUCUGCAGUAUAACUGAAGCUUCAGUUUAAACUAUUUGACACACACAUUCUUUACUUUUUGUUUUGCAUUUGUACUCAAAGUCCUGCAUUACGCUUUCAACAUGCUGCAAUAAAAAUGGUUUCACAUUUGAAGAUUA